GGGUGGUGGUGGUGGUGGGAUGCGAAUAGAGAAAAAAAUAUAUAUAAUAACGACUGUGAUGGUGGCGUCUGCUGUGUUUCUCGUGAAUUGCAUGAAUUAAUUCAUGGCUUUUUCCCUGAACCCAAAUGCUGCUCAUCACAUCAACCAGAGCGAAGUGGUCCUGUUUAACCAUUCCGAGUCACCAAGACCUUCGGCCGCCAAGACGACUUGCGACUCCGACAGUACGUAUUGGUCAAGGUUAGAAGCGAAGAUAUGGAUUGUUGUUUUGUUGAUGGGUACAUGCCUGCUAUACUGUGCCAGAGUGACCAUGCCUAUCUGUAUAUCUGCGAUGGCAGAACAGUUUAAGUGGGACAAGAAGCAGUCAGGCAUUGUACUUGGAAGCUUUUUCUGGGGCUACACCUUGACCCAAAUUGCAGGAGGUUACAUCAGUGACAGAUUGGGAGGAGAUAAAGUACUACUGCUUUCAGCCUUUGCCUGGGGAACUGUAACCAUCUUAACUCCACUCCUAGCAUAUUGCAGCUCUACACCAAUAUUCAUUCUAACCUUAUCCAGAUUCUUUAUGGGGUUACUGCAGGGUGUUCAUUUCCCUUCCCUGGCAAGUCUAUUCUCCUGUAAGGUGCGGCAAAGUGAGCGAGCGUUUACGUCAAGUACAGUGUGCACAGGCACUCAGUUUGGAACACUGAUAAUCGGUGGAGCAGGCUCGGUGUUGCUCGACAGAUGUGGUUGGCAGAGUGUCUUCUACUUUUCUGGCCUUCCUACCAUACUGUGGGUCUACUGCAUGUGGGAAUAUCUAAUCAAAGGACAAGGUCAUGAGAUAUCGUUGGAAAGUUUGAGCAAUCGUCUUACGAAUUCACAGGGCAACGAGGUGCCAUGGAUAAAGCUGUUUAAAAAACCAUCUGUCUGGGCUGUCAUUGUAGCUCACGUUUGCAUGGCCAGCACUUUCUUCUGCAUUUUGUCGUGGAUCCCAACCUUCUUCCAUGAUUCAUAUCCCGACUCUAAGGGCUGGAUUUUCAAUGUAGUGCCAUGGGUCGUGUCAAUCCCAUUAUCCUUGAUGGGUGGCUUGCUGUCCGAUCAUCUGAUCAAUCUUGGGUUCAACACUGCUAAAGUGCGUAAAUUAAUGCAGAUGGUUGCAAUGGGAAUGUCCAGUAUCUUUAUAAAAUUAUUGUGUUACUCAUCCAGCUAUUACCGAUCCUUACUGUUUGUAUCUGCCGCUGUAGGACUUCAGACGUUUAGCCACAGCGGGUCUUCUGUGAAUGUCCAGGACUUAGCACCCUCGUGUGCUGGAUCACUGUUUGGUGUUAUGAACACUGGUGGAGCCUUAGCAGGAGUUGUCUUAGUAUACUUCGCAGGAUAUCUGAUAGAAACCACAGGAUCUUGGCCUUUUGUUUUUAACCUGGUCAGCAUAAUUAACAUGUUUGGGCUUUCCGUCUACAUGAUCUUUGGUCAGGCCACACGAGUGGACAUUUAAAGGAGUUCAGUUGAAUUCUGGACUUCAAGAGAAUUCAGAACAUGCUGCUGAACCAACCCAAUUUUACAAGACGAAAGAGAGACUAUGAUUUUUAAAUGUUUAUAUUGCUCUAAAUUGCAUUCAAAGUUUAUGAUCUGAGGAGUCUUCGACCUUCCGUUAUUUACCUUAUUUAUAAACUAGUUAUUGUAGAACUUUUCCAACAAGCAGCACUAAAGUGUGAAAAGUAACUUUUAUGUUGUUCCCACUGAUUUUCUUUGUACAAAAUUUGCCAGAGAUGCUAUUUUUACAUGGACAGAGCAUUUAUCAAAAUGUAAAGAUAUAGUUUUAAUGAAAAAGAGAUAUAUGGGGUCUUCGUGUUAUUUUUCAGCAAGACUGAAUGUAGAAACGGUAUUCUUAAAGGGAUUUCUCUUCAUUUACUGAAAAUCAGGAUUAAACUUAUAUUAAAAAAAAAUGCAGUUUAAUUUGUCUUCAAAACUUUAAUCAGAAUGUAUCAUAGCUGUUAAUUCAGUGACUGGAGGCACUGAAGUUGAUAGCUAACUGCAGGCUUAUAGCUGAUUUAUAAACUCAGUUACUGCUUAGUAGUGUGCCAGUAUACAAAUAAUGAAGGCAAAUGUUGAUCUAGGUUUUUUACUUACAGGUAUAUAUUAUACAACUUAGUUUUCUCUAGGGGAAAAAUAGAUGUGAAUUCAAUAUGCAUUUAUACAGCGUCUUUCACAUUGGGAUAGGCGUCUCCGAGCACUUCACAAUGCGGGCUGGGUAACUGAGCUAGGUGGGAGCAGUCAAAAGUGUGUGUCUCGUGACAGGCUUUGAACAUGGGGAAUGAGUUGGAGGCACUCUGGGAUGGAGUUUCGGAGAGUGGGGCAGAAUGAUUGAAAGCUCACCUGGUGAUGGUGGGGUGGAUCGAGAGAGGGACCAUGCAGUCGAGUGUUUGCUGAGCAAAGGGAACAUCUCAGUCGAUAGGCUUUUCAGAGGUCACAGAGGCAGGGUGGGGUGAGGCUGUGGAGGGAUUUACUGGUGAG